CAUUAAAUCUUGGAGCAAAUUUUAAGUGUUACAUCAUCCAAUUGUUACUUAUUCACAAAGGCUGAUUUUUAUAGUUAUUGUUACUGAUGUACUGCUAUGAAACUGCUAUGAAAAAUAUUUUAUAAACUCUUUUGCUUUUCCUUGCAUAAUUACAUGCAAACACGAACCUUCUUUAUUCCUACAUUUGUUUGUCGCAUUAUAAAAUGGUUUAAUAUCAAUUUUAUAUAUGUAAAGAGUGCUAAAUAUCAAAGCAAAUGCUCCAGGAUCGCAUCAAUGGCUUGAUGUUAUUUGAUAUUAAGUUUUAUUAGCUAUAUUUGAAGUUAUUUCUCCUCAAGUUCACACAGGCGACCUAGCAGAGCAACCACGUGCAGAUCGACACAUCGCUUCAAAAUACUCGAUCUUUUCUCUUCAGCACUGUGUAUAUUGUUUUUAAUAUUUCCACUGACCCAAACGAAUAUUUUUAAAGCGUCGAGCUUGAAAAGCGUGCUAUCGCUAAUCGUCGUGGCGAAAUAUCUGCCGCCUGAGCGCUAGAUGGCGCUGUUUCGAAUUUCCGCUUAGAAGAACUUAAAGCCGUUCCUGUGACGUGGCUGCGCUGCUAUGGUGACCAGAGAAGCGUUCGAGCCUUUGAAGAGCAGAUUAAGGCGCGAAUAAGUAUUACGAAACAAAAAUUCAAAUAGUAUUAACUUGCGCUUGUUAUACCACACCAACUAAAUAUGACGGAGCUGUAAACCAAAUCGUUCAAAUCCAUAAAGUAGCUUAGACCACAGUUAUUAAUGGAGCGUAUUAGAUCGAUUUCACCCCUCCUGCAUUUGGAUUUAGACAACUUCAACUCUCCUGAAUCCGAAGACAGCAGAUACGUUCUGACGAGUCCACGUUCACUUGAAGCCUGCGCAAGAUUGGGAGUGAAACCUGUUGAAUUGUUGUUCAGAUCCCUCACAGACUUUAUUGAUGAAAACCAAAAGUCCUCUCUGGAGGAAGUGACCGCUGUAUAUGAGGAGUACGAGAAAGGGAGAAGGGAACGACUUCGCUCGUGUCGAGAGGAGAGAGAGAGGAUCAUACAGGAGGGCUGGAAUAGAAAGUCAUCUGUAAAGCCAUUCACGGCCCUGGAAACCGUCCCAGAGCAAACAGCUGAGAGCCAAAGCGGCGAAUCCAAAGCCAAAUGUCCAAGCGAUUGCUCGAAGUCUGCGAUUUCGAUCUCAGACGGGCUCGCGGCCGCACGAGGCCAGAGGUUUCCCACCAGUUUCAGUCUGGCCGACCUCCGCCGAUCUCCUGCGACGGAGCGUCGUCUGAAGAGCCUCUCGCAGGAGAUCGGUCGCAAGCUAAGCAUCGCCGUCCCAGAAAAAGAUCGCAAGAUUGCUGCGUUGAUGCUGGCCAAGCACGAAGAGGAGCAGUCCCGCUUACGCCAGAGCGCGCUCGAGGAGCAGCAUCGCGAAGAGGAGCGCAGGCGCGAGGAGGAGCGGCGAGCCGACAUGGAGCGGAAGCGGCGCAAAGAACUUCUGCGGCAUAUCCGCCGUUGGCAGCAGGAUCUGGAGGAGCGGAGGAGGUUGAGGGAAGAAGAGGAGGUGGUGCUCGCGGAGGAGCGCGAGCGGGAGACGCUUCGGCAGGAGGAGCGCUGGAGGAGGCUCUCCGAGGAGCAACGAGCUCGACGCAGGUUCAAGCUUGAUGUGGCGAGCAGGGACGCAAAGGAGCGCAAGCGCUACCAACAGAGGCUCCUGCGGGAGAAGGAGCGCAUUGAGGAGGCGCAGCGAGAGGAGCAGCUGCAGGAGGCGCAGGAAAAACAACGCCACGCAGCGAGGAGCAAGCGAACGCAGGAGAAGAGAGAGCGGAGGAGACUCGAGCGGGAAAACCAGAGGGAGCUGCUCAAACACCUCCUCCUGAAAAAGGAGGCGGAGGAGCAGGAGCGGGCGGAGAAGGAGCUCAAGCGAAAAGGGCUGGAGCGGAAGCUGCAACGCUCCGAAGACAACCACGCGUCGCUUCUAAAGGCGCGGGUGCGGGAAAUGCAAUCGCGCGCUGAGAAAGAGGAGGAGCAGAUCCGGGCGGCGCAGCAGCGGGCGAGGAGGGAGAACACGGAGAGGACGGAGCAGAUGCAGACGGAGCUGCAACGCUGCCAGCUGCGGACGGAGCGCGCGUCGAUGCAGGCGCAGGAGCAGCGGCGGAGGAGAGCUCAAGGCGUCAGGCGAGAAAACCAGGAGAAGCAGCUCAGCCACAGCAGACUGCGCGAAAGAGUCCUGGAGGAGGAAAAAGCGCAGCGGGAGGAGAGGAGCAAGGCCCUGGUGCUGAAGGACGAGCGCAGGGAGAGGCUGCAGAGAGAGAGGGCCGAGGCCCGGGAGCAGAGCCGGAAGGUGGCUCACGCCUCCUGCUACAUGAGGGAGAGGGUGAGGGAGCACACGGCCCGUCGCAGCUUUGACCAGAUGGCACGAGAAGCACAGCUGACCGCUCAGCUGGCCGGCCUCAAACUACGAGUAGUGUAGAGCAAAACAGAAUCAUGACAGCAUUAAUAGACGCCGUGUUUGAAAGCAAAAGUCUCCGGGGCAUAUUUGUAGCAAUAGCCAAAAACACGUUGUGUGGGUAU